AUGGCUGAUGUCAUAUCUAUACCCGAUACUUCGAUUCUGUCCGAUGGAGUAGUUUACUACCAUGUAUCUCUUAAACUUCCAUUAAGAUCUUUUACCAUUACAAAAAGAUACUCCGAAUUUGAUGAAUUAGUUAAUCAAUUAAGUUCAGAUUUAGGUAUAAAUACUAGUGAUUUCCCAUAUCAAUUACCACCAAAAUCAUCAAUUUUCACCUCUUCAAGAAAUGAAAAUGUUAUCAAUGAUCGUAAAGAAAAAUUAUCCAUUUUUCUUAAUAGUCUAAUACGUGAUCGAGAUUUACAAAAUAAUUCAUUUGUACAUAAUUUUUUACAAUUGCCUUUGAAUUUUAAAUUUAAUGAUCAAAUUUUCAGAACUUCUUCGAAUGGUAAUGCUAAUAAUGAAAGAGAUCUUAUAAUCGAUGAUAAAUCUAUCAGCCAUAUCAAUCAAUUUAAAUGGUUAGAGUUAUUAAGACUUUUCAAAUAUACUAUUAAUGAAUAUUCAAAAAAUUAUGAUGAUUCAAUAAAUUCCAAAAUAGCAACUAGAGAUAAAGUUAAUAAAUUAAUAAAACCAAAUUUAUCAAAACUUCGAUUAUCUCUUUCAAAAUUAAUUCAAAAUAAUUCCAUUUCAAAUAACGAAUGUCAAAGAAGAUCUUUACUUUUAAGAGAAGUUGAAAAUGAUUUGUCUAAUCUUCAAGAUAAAUUAUUAUCCCAUAACUCAGUUAUUGGUAACCCAAGAAAUAUUCCUCAAGAAACCAAUGAUACCAUUUCUUUGAACAAUAAUGACUUAUUACAACAACAACAACAAGUCCACAAAAAUCAGGAUCAAGAAGUUGAACAAUUAAGAAAAAUUAUCGCUAGACAACGUCAAUUGGGUGAAUCAAUAAAUAAUGAAGUCUCUGAACAAAAUUCAAUGCUUGAUUCUUUUGCUGAUCAAGUGGACUUCUCAAGUGAUAAAAUUAGAAUGGCUAGAAAAAAGGCUAGAGGUAUAUUAUAA